AAACCAAUCAAACUCUUGUACCCAGAUUUAAAGGCGGAGAUUACGCUGCCGCCCAUUCACGGGCUCUGUUUUGGUACAAGUGGGCGGCUCCGCGCUCCGCCAAUGGCAAGGAGCCGCGGCCGUGACGGAAGUGACGCCGCCGUACCGGGCUCGGUACCGGGCCCGCGCCAUGGAGGCCUGGGUGCGCUUCAGCGCCCAGAGCCAGGCCCGGGAGCGCCUCCUCAGGGCCGCCCAGUACGCCUGUGUGUUGGCCGGGGCUGCGCUGAGCCGCUCCGGGGGCAGCUCCGGGACCCUGAGCCGGCUGCAGCAGCUGGAGGCGCACUUGAGCCUGGGCCGCAAGCUGCUGCGUUUGGGGGGCUCUGCCGAGGCCCUGGGGGGCGCCCAGCGCUCGCUGCACCUCCCCGACCCCGUGCUGCGCUUCUGCCUCACCCUGUCCCACCUGAACCGCGCUCUGUUCCUGGCCUGCGACAACGUCCUGUGGGCCGGGAAAAGCGGCGUCCUGCCCGGCCUGGCCAUGGAGAAAUGGAGCCAGAGGUCCUUCAGGUACUACCUGUUUGCCCUGGUGGUGAACCUGAGCAGGGACGCCUACGAGCUGCGGCUGCUGCUGGAGCGCGCCGGGGCCGCCCGCAAGCGCGGCCGCAGCGCCGAGAGCCGCGCCCAGCCCUGCGCCCCGGGCCGGCUGCAGCAGCUCCGGCUGCAGCUGCCUCAGCUGCACCUCCUGCUGCAGGUGCAGGACAACCCCCCGCUGCUGCUGGACCUGCUCAGGAGCUGCGACCUGGUGAUCCCCCUGGAGAGGCUGGGGCUGUGCAGGAGCAGCCCGGCGGUGGUGGGGUUCUGUGGGCUCAGCUCGUCGCUGCUCUCCAUCGUCACCAUCCUGCACCCCUGGCUCAAGCUGAAGCCAUGAAUUUCUUGGGGAUUUCGGGAUUUUUGGGGAUUUUGGGGGUUUUGGCACCUCUGGACGUGGCUGGUUGGUGCCAUUCCCUUCAUUCCUGACUGUUUGGAGCCACAAAGUUCCAGCAUUGGAUCCCACAGGGACAUCAACUCCCAAAAUGUGUUUUUUUCCUAUUGACUUUUAAGGAAAAAAUGGGGGUUCAAUGUUCCCCCUUUCUGCCUGGGAAGAGCCUUUCACGUGGAACAGCUAAUGGGAAUAUUUGGGGUUGGAAAAUGUGGGAUUUGGGGCUGGAAAGUGUGGGGUUCUGUGGGCUCAGCUCCUCUGUGUUCUCCAUCAUCACCAUCCUGCACCCCUGGCUCAAGCUCAAGCCCUAAAUUUCUUGGGAAUUUUUGGGGGGUUUUGGCACCUCUGGAAGUGCCAUUCCCUUCAUCCUGACUCCUGGAGCCACAAAGUUCCAGCAUUGGAUGCGGCAUUGGAUCCCACAAGGACAUCAGCUCCCAAAAUGUGUUCUUUCCUAUUGACUUUUAGGGAAAAAAUGGGGGUUCAAAAUUCCCCCUUUCUGUCUGGGAAGAGCCUUUCACAUGGAGCCAGCUAAUGGGAAUAUUUGGGGCUGGAAAAUGAGGAUUUGGGGCUGGAAAGUGUGGGGUUCUGUGGGCUCAGCUCGUCCCUGCUCUCCAUCAUCACCAUCCUGCACCCCUGGCUCAAGCUCAAACCAUUAAUUUCUUGGGAUUUUUGGGAUUUUGGGGGGUUUUGGCACCUCUGGAAGUGACUGGUUGGUGCCAUUCCCUUCAUUCCUGACUCUUUGGAGCCACAGAGUUUCAGCAUUGGAUCCCACAGGGACAUCAACUCCCCAAGAUGUGUUUUUUUCCUAUUGACUUUUCGAGCAAUUAUAGGGAAAAAAAUGAGGGUUCAAAAUUCCCCCUUUCUGUCUGGGAAGAGCCUUUCAUGUGGAACAGCUAAUGGGAAUAUUUGGGGCUGGAAAAUGUGGGAUUUUGGGGCUGGAAAAUGUGGGAUUUUGGGGCUGGAAAAUGUGGGAUUUGGGGCUGGAAAAUGAGGAUUUCUGGGGGUUUCUCAUGUUUUUUUUUGGGGGGGGGAAGCCAUGGUUUUGGGGUGAUUCUGGUGCCAGAUAAUGAAUCCAACCCCAAAUUGUUUGGAUAAUUUUUUCCUGCCUUAUAAAAAAAUCUGAGUGCAGGGAGAGUGGAAUGGGAAAAAAUCGGUGUCAGGGAUAAAUCCAUGGCUUUGAGGGGCUCAAAAUUAUUAAAUUCCAGAAGCAGAUUGUCCUGGGGAGAGCAGGAAUAGGUUUGAAGGAUUUUUGGGAGCCCCAAAUUAAAUUCCAGAGGCAGAUUUUCCUUGGGUCUGUCCCUGGGCGAGCAGGAAGUUUUGGGAUAUUCUUGAAUUCCAGAGGCAGAUUCUCCUUGGAAGAUCAGGAAGAUCUUGAAGGAUUUUUGGGAGCCCCAUCCUGAACUCCUGGGCCCACCUGGGCUGUGCCAAAGGCUUUAAAUCCCGGUGGGAAUUGGGUGGGGAGCACUCCAGGGGAUCCCACGUUUCAGUGUAAUUAAUUAAUGAAUAAUUUAAUGAUUAAAAUGCAGCAAACACUGCCUCAGACACUCCUGGAGCUCUUGGGGCUGUGCCCAUUCCCUGGUUCAGUGCCCAGCGCCUCUGGGGGAAGAACCUGGCUCUGAUCCCCCCAAAACUGGUUCUGAUGCCCCCUAAACCUGGUUCUGAUCCUAAACCUGGUUAUGAUUAAACCUGGUUAUGAUACUAAAUCUGUUUCUGAUACUAAACCUGGUUCUGAUCCCUACUUAAACCUGGUUUUAAUGCCCACCUAAACCUGGUUCUGAUAUUGAACUUGGUUCUGAUCCCCACCUAAACCUUGGUCUGAUGCUAAACCUGGUUCUGGUACCAAACCUGGUUCUGAUGGUCACCUAAACCUGGUUCUAAUGCUAAAACUUGUUCUGAUACUAAACCUGGUUUUAAUGCCCACCUAAAGCUGGUUCUGAUACUAAACCUGGUUCUGGUGUCCCCCUAAACCUGGUUCUGAUACUGAGCUUGAUUUUAAUGCCCACCUAAACCUGGUUCUGAUAUUAAACCUGAUUCUGAUACUGAACCUGGUUCUGAUACUAAAUCUGGUUCUGAUGUUAAACGUGGUUCUGAUGCCCCCCUAAACUUGGUACUAAUGCCCACCUAAACCUGGUUCUGAUGGUCACCUAAACCUGGUUUUAAUGCUCACCUCAACCUGGUUCUGAUACUAAACCCGGUUCUGAUAUUAAACCUGGUUCUGAUAUUAAACCUGGUUCUGAUACCCCCCCUAAA